UAAUGAAAAAUAUAAUUGCAGCCACAUUGACGACUUUACUGAUUGGUUUUGGUUUCUACCAUGUAAAUUUAGAUUCUGCUUCUGAUUUUGAAAGAUGGGCUUUAAAACAUGGCAAAAGUUAUUAUGGAGAUGAGAAAAUUUACAGAUAAACAAUUUAUUAUCAAAAUAAAUAAAUGAUUGAUUAACAUAACAAAAGAAAUGAUAUUACUUAUUAAAUGGCAGAAAAUCAAUUUAUGACUAUUACAAAUGAAGAAUUUAUUAGACUUUAUUUGAAUACUAAAUCAUCUGAAUAAUUAAAUGAUUAAGAUAAAGUUAAAAGAAAUAAUAUACAUAAAUCUUCUGAACCAAUCAAUAAAGAAAAUAAAAAAUGGCCAACUGAUUGGAGAGGUUUGAUAAAAGUUCACAAUUAAGGAUCUUGUCCUUCUUCUUAUGCAAUGGCAGCAGUUAGUGUAGUCGAAGCAGCAUAUGCAAUUGAAAAAGGAAUAUCUUUAACAUUAUCAGCACAAUAAAUCAUGGAUUGUAAUUAUAUGUUUACUGGAUGUGAUCCUAAUUUUGAUAGAAAUACAGCCUAUGAGGCAUUAUUAUACAUAAGGUAAUAUGGAUUAUAUAAUGGAUACUAAUAUCCAUACACUGGUUAAACAUAGAGUUGUUAAAUAAAUACUGGUGGACCUUGGAAAAUUGCGAAUUACUGGAGGGGACCUUAUAAUGAUUGGUAUCACUUCUAAUCAGAUCUUGAUAAGCAUCCUUAUGAAGUUGCAGUUGAUGCCAGUAAAUGGUAAUUUUAUGGUUCUGGUAUAUUUUCUGAUUGUAGUUCUGCUUCUAGCAAUACAAAUUAUUAUGCAUUAGCUGUUGGUUAUGAUUCAUCAAAUAUUUGGUUUGUUCAAGCAUCUUUUGGAACUAGUUGGGGAGAAUCUGGAUGUAUAAGACUAGCUCCAGGAAAUACUUGUGGUAUUUUAAAUGAUAGUCAUGAGGUGGAAUUAUAUUGA